GCCAUUGAAUAUUAAACUUGGUAUUUUCGUGUUUUAAAUAGUCUUGUUUUCGCAAAAAAUUUGCUAACAAUUUGACAACUUAUCACUGGAUAACUAAUUAAUUUAAAGCUCAAGUGCAAAAUGGCGCGUGCCCGGUCUCCCACCGCCGAGGGCGAAAAGGAAAAUAAAGAGAAAGAUAUUAAAGAGAAGGACGCAAAGGCCGCUACAUCCAAUUCGUCGCGCCGAGAGCGAGAACGCAAGCGUCGAGGCUCUGCCUCCUCAAGCAGCGACUCCAGCAGAAGCUCAUCAAACAGCUCAUCAUCGCGCAGCAGCUCCGGCUCCAACUCACGCUCCAGUUCGAGCAGCUCAAGUGAUUCGUCCAGCUCCUCGUCCUCAUCGUCUAGCGAUACCGAUCGCAGCGAGAAAAAUCGACGUCGUGGUGCCGGCGGCAGCGCAGCAGCCGGCAAGGAUACCUCUCGUUCUCCGCGCAGAGCCUCCAAAUCGCCACGCCCCAAUAGCAAGGUUCGCAAGGAAUCAGAACGUGAACGCACGGAACGCGAUCGGGAUCGUGUGCAGCGUAGUCGUAGCCGUUCCAGAGAUCGAGCACGUCGCAACUCAAACGAUCGUGGUGCUGGAGGCGGCGGGGUAGCUGGUGGCGAGGUAAAUAACGUGAAACGCGAACGUUCCCGCUCGAUCAGCCGCUCGCGUUCGCCACGGCGCCGUGGUGGUCGCGGCACCGUCGAUCGCACCCCGCCGCCCAAGCGCCGCGAGCGCUCACGUAGUCGCAGUCGCACCCGUUCACGCUCACCCACACCAAAGCCGGUGCGCAUCCAUGUCGGCCGACUGACACGGAACGUGACCAAGGAUCAUGUGCUAGAGAUCUUUAGCAGCUUUGGCACUGUAAAGAAUGUGGAAUUCCCGACGGAUCGCUAUCAUCCAAAUUUUGGACGUGGCAUGGCCUAUGUGGAGUACGCCACGGCCGAGGACUGCGAGUCGGCCAUGAAGCACAUGGAUGGCGGCCAGAUCGAUGGCCAGGAAAUAACAGUAUCGCCAGUUAUUGUGCCAAAGCAGCGACCGCUCAUGCGACGACCAUCUCCACAGAUGCGCCGUCCUCAGGGCGGUCGCUGGCGUUCCCCGCCGCAGUUCAAUCGCUUCAAUAAUCGUGGCGGCGGCGGAGGCGGCGGACGUCGUAAUUCACCACCGCGCGGCCGUCGCUCGCCGCGACGUCGUUCACGUUCACCCAUACGCCGCAGGCGUCGCAGCAACAGUUCGGACAGUUCCCGUUGAAGAGAAUUUAGUAACAAUAUUUCAUUUGAAUUGGUAAACAUCAAAAAACAAUCACAACAAACCAACAGCAAUAACAAAAAA